AUGCUGGCUUACGCCUGUAAUGUGGUAAACCUGAGCGACUUCGAUAACUCCGAAAUCAGACGGGUAAUCCUGCCGCGUAUAGAGCGCGACUAUGAGCGUACACUAAAAGUCUUUGAUAAAUUCCUUAAGCUAUAUCCCGAAGCUAAAACCCUCCUGACCUCUAAACCUGCUACUAAAGGGAAACGAGGCCGAAUCGAGGCUUUGCCUACUAUGGAAACUAUUUAG